UCCGGCACAGCUGCACCGCCUGGCUGCGAGCGGCUGCGAGCGAGAGAGCUUAAGAGCAAGAGAGGUAGAGAGCGAGCGGCGGGCACUGGCCCCACGCCUCCCCUCCGCCCCACCGUGCGCCCCGCUUGCCUCUCCACCCCGCCCGGCUCCACCCGGCCCGGUCCCGGUGUGGGCACAGCCCCGAGCUCUGGGGCCGUGCAGGCAGCCUUGGGACUCUCCGGCGCGCCGCCGCGUCCCCAGACAAAGGCUUGGCCGGCGGCCCCGGCCCGCUGCGCCCUCGGCUCCCCGCCUCCCCGGCUCGCCGCUCUUCGCCCCCGCGCUUAGCUCAGCGCGCCCCGGCCGGCCGCAAAGUUUCCCGGGCGGCAGCAGCGGCUGCGCCUCGCGUCAGCGAUGGCCGCGGAGCUGAGCAUGGGGCCAGAGCUGCCCACCAGCCCGCUGGCCAUGGAGUACGUCAACGACUUCGACCUGCUCAAGUUCGACGUGAAGAAGGAGCCUCUGGGGCGCACGGAGCGUCCGGGCAGGCCCUGCACACGCCUGCAGCCAGCCGGCUCGGUGUCCUCCACACCGCUCAGCACGCCGUGUAGCUCGGUGCCCUCCUCGCCCAGCUUCAGCCCGACCGAACAGAAGACCCAUCUCGAGGACCUGUACUGGAUGGCGAGCAACUACCAGCAGAUGAACCCCGAGGCGCUCAACCUGACGCCCGAGGACGCGGUGGAGGCGCUCAUCGGCUCGCACCCAGUGCCACAGCCGCUGCAGAGCUUCGACGGCUUCCGCGGCGCGCACCACCACCACCACCACCAUCACCCUCACCCGCACCACGCGUACCCGGGAGCCGGCGUGGCCCACGACGAGCUAGGCCCCCACGCGCACCCGCACCAUCACCACCAUCACCAAGCGUCGCCGCCGCCGUCCAGCGCCGCCAGCCCGGCGCAACAACUACCCACCAGCCACCCCGGGCCCGGGCAGCACGCGGCAGCGUCGGCGACGGCGGCGGGCGGCAACGGCAGCGUGGAGGAUCGCUUCUCCGACGACCAGCUCGUUUCCAUGUCAGUGCGCGAGCUGAACCGCCACCUGCGGGGCUUCACCAAGGACGAGGUGAUCCGCCUGAAGCAGAAGCGGCGGACGCUGAAGAACCGGGGCUACGCCCAGUCAUGCAGGUAUAAACGCGUCCAGCAGAAACACCACCUGGAGAAUGAGAAGACACAGCUCAUUCAGCAGGUGGAGCAGCUUAAGCAGGAGGUGUCCCGGCUGGCCCGCGAGAGAGACGCCUACAAGGUCAAGUGCGAGAAACUCGCCAACUCCGGCUUCAGGGAGGCGGGCUCCACCAGCGACAGCCCCUCCUCUCCCGAGUUCUUUCUGUGAGUCGUGGCGGGUCCCGGCCCCCGCCCUUGCCCCGGCCCGGACUCCCUGUCCCGUGCUCCCAGUCCCGGACUCCCCUGGACCCUGUCCCUGCCGCGGCCCCAGCCUUGACCUGUUUGACUUGAGCGAGAGGGAGGAAGGGCGCGCGGGCCGCGGGCGACGGGCGGGCGCGCGAGCGGGCAGGGGACCUUGGCUAAGGCGAGGCUAGCGCACGCCAGCGCCGCCUCCUAGACUCGAGCCAGGGAGAGACGAGGGGGUGGGAAGUCCGGGAGCAACUUUUCUCUAGGCUGGAGGGCGGCGAGGCAUAGUCACUGAGUCCCCAAGGCCUUCUGGAGACUCCUGGCUUUAUGAACUCUGAGCGUUAAGCCCGGGCCACUGCUUUGUCACCGGGAGCACAGCCCGCCCCAGAAAAGAGCAGCGAGGAGAGGAGAGGAGAGGGACUCUGGCGUCCCGGCAGGCGCGAGGCGAGGCCGAGCAAAGGAAGGACAGAAGGACCUGACUGUUCAGAGUCCGGAGAACACUGGCUCUCAGCCUCGAGACGCGGGCCUCAGUUAGGACGUUCGGCGCGCAAAUCUCAUCAGUUUUAUUGCCUGCUCGAUUAUAUAGAAAAAAUACGAAAAUCUGCAUUAAAAAUAUUAAUCCUGCAUGCUGGACAUGUAUGGUAAUAAUUUCUAUUUUGUACCAUUUUCUUGUUUAACUUUAGCAUGUUGUUGAUCAUGGAUCAUAAUCCCCUUAUUUCUUUGGGUGAGAAGGGAUCGCAGUUCGGAAACUCCAGCGGCUGCAUGCCGGGUUUCAGUCCGGCAGUCGGCUUGUAAAUACCCGCCCCGCCAAACCGCUUAGAAAACGUGGCAACAAGCUGAGUGUCUUUGUUUGGGUUUAUUAUUAUGGAAUUUUUGUUUGUAAGUAAAAAAAAAAAAAAAAGAAAAAAAAGAAAAAAAAAGAAAAAAGGAAAAGAAAGGAAAAAAGUUCUGGGCAUUUUGCAUCAGAAAACAACUUUGUCUUGGGGCACCCUUGGAAGUUGCAUGUUUUCUUCCCUUCCCCUAUCUCCAUUAGGUCCCCUAUUUCCUCCAGCUUUAGUUUUCUACGUUGUUGGUGUGGAGAGAGAAGACUGCGGUCCCAGCUCUUGAGUACAAGGGCAGGGCAGGACGAGCUGCGGAGUUCCGCACCCGGGAGGCUCUGGCUUGUACUCGCUCCCUGCCUUGUCUUAUGGCUAAAUUGACUCCCCUAACAAGAAAGGAAAGGAAAAUAGAUCUUUUCCUUUAUGCUUUUUAUUGUAACUAGAAUCACCCCAGGGUCCCUUUGAAACCCUCCAGGCCUGCACUAAUUGCAGGGCCCCGUAGUGUUCUUAGGGUGACUGCCUCGGCCAUCCCUGACAUUGGCCAAUGGUCACCAGAGCUUGUAUUAAACCAACUGCCACGCUCAGAAUGUACCAGAAACCCAAACAUUGGCAAGUAAUUUUGCAACUUUCAAGUGCGUUCUUUAGACCAAUGCAUUGUGUUUCUUUUCCUGCUUUUGAGAUAGUGGGAAUAGUUAUUGGUGGUAUCCUCCCCCCCUUCAGUUGUAUAAUAGUUAUAGGGAAGAUCUGGGUGUUUUCUUUAUUUUUACUUUUUUUUUCUGCAGGUCAGUAAAAGGAUUUAAGUUGCACUGACAGAAAUACCAAAAUAAAAGCAUAUUUUUAGUUCCCAUUUGAAAUUGCUGGCGCUGCUGGCCGGAUGCAUUUUUUUAGUUUGUAUUAGUUGAUAAAUUAACGGUAAUAACAAGAUUGUAUGAACCGCAUGGUGCUUGCAGUUUUAAAUAUUGUGGAUAUUCGUCCUGCAUCAGAUACGAGCUUCGGUUUUUACGGAUUCAACUGUGUUGAAAUCAAACUUGCCGCAACAGAAAUUGUUUUUAUUUCAUGUAAAAUAAGGGAUCAAUUUCAAACCCUGCUUAUGAUAUGAAAAUAUUAAAACCUAGUCUAUUGUAGUUUUAUUCAGACUGGUUUCUGUUUUUUGGUUAUUAAAAUGGUUUCCUAUUUUGCUUAUUAAAA